AUGAUUACUACUACUACUACUACUACUACUACUACUACUACUACUACUACUACUACUACUACUACUACUACUACUACUACUACUACUACUACUACUACUACUACUACUACUACUACUUCUACUACUACUACUACUCACACUACUACUACUACUACUACUCACACUACUACUACUACUACUACUACCACUAAUAAUAAUAAUAACAACAGUAAUUGCUUUAUUACAAAUAAUAUGUAUGACAGUAUGGAAUUCUCAGCACGUAAUUUUCAACAUAUUAACUCCCAGAACAAUACUUUCACACGAAAUGGUUAUUACAUCGGAAUGAUCCUAAUAAUAACAACAUUGAACGCAAUGAUAUGA